UCCGGAAGUUGUGUUCAUCGACUUUUCGAAAAAUGGCCGUCCUCCUCUUUCUUUCGAAACGUGGAAAACGACAACAUUGGUUGGUUUUCUCCUGUUGCAAAAUAUAUUUUGUUGAAUUUGGCAAUAGCCGUGCAAAAUGCCGCGUGAAAUAAAAGAGGUGAAAGAUUUCCUGAAUAAGGCUCGUCGCGCCGAUGCGCGUGCCGUGAAAAUCAAGAAAAAUCCUACUAAUACCAAAUUCAAGAUUCGCUGUUCGCGAUUUUUGUACACUUUAGUGGUGCAGGACAAAGAGAAGGCCGAGAAAAUCAAGCAAUCAUUGCCACCGGGCUUACAAGUUAAGGAAGUUAAGUGAAUGGCCUUUUCUAAUCGUGUGAUAGUUCAAUAAAGUUUGGAACAUCAAG